AUGCAGAUCUAUAGCACUCUCACGCAACCUAUUCUCAUUAUGGUUCUCAAAUAUGGUCAUAAGGAUCAGGAUGUUUGGAAAACUCUUGAUGAUCUCUUUCGAGAGAAGAAAGAUGCAAGGUCGAUUGAACUUGAGAAUGAACUUUGUUCCAUGGUUCAUAGUGAUCGAUCCAUUAUGGAGUUUUGUCAAAAGAUUCAUGUGAAGGUGGAUUUACUAGCCAAUAUUGGCUCUCGUGUUCCUGAGAAAACAUUGGUUGCUUAUCUUCUCAAUAUCUUGGAACCUAAGUUCAAUAACAUCGCCACUCUUAUAUGCCAUCGUAAACCUCUCUCGGUUUUCCUCCAAGUUCGCUCCAUGUUAGCUCUUGAGGAAUAA